AUGGCCUCCACCGCAGAAACGGCUUCCGCAUCCCCCAUCGGGAUUGCCAAUCUCCCCAACCAGCGACACAAGAUCGUCGCUAAACGGGGUGCGGCCUUCACUGUCAUGGUUGCUGGAGAGUCGGGAUUGGGAAAGACCACGUUUAUCAACACCUUGUUCUCGACCACCAUCAAGAACUACGCCGACCACAAGCGCCGCCACCAGAAGCAGGUUGACCGUACCGUCGAGAUUGAGAUCACCAAGGCCGAACUGGAGGAGAAAUUCUUCAAAGUCCGCCUGACUGUGAUCGAUACCCCCGGAUUCGGUGACUAUGUCAACAACCGUGACUCGUGGCAACCCAUCAUUGAGUUCCUCGACGACCAGCAUGAGUCGUACAUGUUGCAGGAGCAGCAGCCCCGCCGCACGGAGAAGAUCGAUAUGCGUGUGCACGCUUGCUUGUACUUCAUCAGACCCACCGGACACACCCUGAAGCCUCUCGAUAUCGAAGUCAUGAAGCGCCUGAGCUCCCGUGUCAACCUGAUCCCCGUCAUUGCCAAGGCCGACACUCUCAGCCCUGCCGACCUGACUCGUUACAAGCAGAGGGUGCAAGCCGUGAUUGAAGCCCAGGGUAUCAAGAUCUAUACUCCUCCUAUCGAAGAGGAUGACGAGCACGCCGCCACCCAUGCCCGCAGCCUGAUGGCCGCCAUGCCAUUCGCCGUCAUUGGAUCCGAGAAGGACGUUAAGACCAGCGACAACCGGGUUGUUAAAGGCCGUCAAUAUGCCUGGGGUGUUGCCGAAGUCGAGAACGAGGAUCACUGCGACUUCAAGAAGCUGCGUUCGAUCCUGAUCCGCACCCACAUGCUGGAUCUCAUCCACACCACCGAAGAACAGCACUACGAAGCCUACCGUGCGCAGCAAAUGGAGACCCGGAAAUUCGGCGAGGCCCGUCCUCGGAAGCUGGACAACCCCAAGUUCAAGGAGGAAGAGGAAUCUCUGCGGAAGCGAUUCACCGAGCAGGUCAAGGUCGAGGAACAGCGGUUCAGACAGUGGGAGCAGAAGCUCAUCUCCGAGAGAGACAGACUCAACAAGGAUCUGGAAGCCACCCACGCUGCGAUCAAAUCGCUGGAGCAAGAGAUCGAUGGUUUGCAAGGCUCCUCGACCCGGAGCCAUGGACGUCGUUAA